UUAGAAGUCAUGCUUUUCUACUUCCUAUUUCUUUUUCCAUUGGUUGCGUUAGGACAAAAAGACAAAUCUAAUGAAUGUGUGACAAACCGCACCCUUUUCUCAAAAUUGGAUUCCAUAUUUCACCCGAAUCCCUCAGAAUACAUCCUCCUACUUCUCGAUAUUUUCAAUGCACAAUACUGUCUACCUUCCAAAUCCAACUGCCACACCACCCAACUUUAUGGUGAAAGCUUGACAAGAAAAACACGUUGGCUUCAUUACUUGAUGGAGAAAAUAGGCGGAUGUAUCCCUAGUAAAAAACACGAUGAAAUUUGGGAAAAGUGCUCCGGCAAACAGGACCAACAGAAAGAAAAUAAAAAUGAAUUGCUGAAUUCCUGUGAAAAGACUGCUAGUUGUUUUCUUGAUUCAUUGACUUAUAUACCUGAAUGUAAUGUUACAAUUCUUAUUUCAUUGCCGAUUGAACUUCGAAGUAGUUGUCAUAUCGGAAAAGUAGAUCACGAAUUAAUGAAACUAUACGGACUUCCAAUUCUGUAUUGA